AUUCUGUUUCAUGAUAAACAGAGGCCAAGGUUGCUUUAUUCCCCAAAGUUUCCUGCUUUUUGGUGCUCCAACCUCGUAAACCCGAGUAAAGCUAGUCUCGUUUUGCUUACUCACCAAGUCAUGUACUUUCUCAGUGAUCAAUAGUUAAGUACAGCCCACUAACAGCUUCCUCUCAUCUCCGAUCUUCGAUUCAUUUCCCAGCCAUCCACACACCCAACGAGGAUUGUCUGAGUACUUUCUUUGGGUCUUGGACAUCAGUUUCUGUUGAUAAAGCAUGGCGGAUCAAUACUCCAAUGAAGGUUCCAGAACUGUAAAUGUUUCUGGGGAAAGCUCAGAUUUGACUGUUCAGCUCAAUAUCAAGACUCUUGAUUCCCAGAUCUACAGUUUUCAAGUGGACAAAAAUAUGCGUGUUUCAUUGUUUAAGGAGAAAAUAGCUGAUGAAAUUGGCAUCCCAGUUGGUCAGCAACGGCUGAUUUUCAGGGGAAGGGUCUUAAAGGAUGAUCAUCUUCUCUUGGAUUAUCAUGUGGAGAAUGGGCAUACCUUGCAUUUAGUGGAGAGGCAGCCAUCACAGGCACAACCUUCUUCUGGUGCAGGUUCUGGAGAGGCAGCUGAGAGUAAUGGUAGUAGAGGGAGUGAUCCUGGUACCGGCAACCCUCGCAAUCGCGUUGGGCAAAUUUCACACAGUGUAGUUCUUGGGACCUUUAAUGUUGGGGAGCAGGGUGAAGGAGUUGUUCCGGACCUUUCUCGGGUUAUUGGGGCUGUUCUGAAUUCUAUAGGACUUGGCGGCCAUACUACAGCUGUUGGUACUAGUGGCACACAGUCUUCUACGUUGCCAAAUGCUGCUGGCCAGGCUCCUCGAGGAAAUGAAACAGAAGGGAUACGUGGCAAUGUUGGAAUUCAGAUCCAAGCAGGAAAUCAAGCACAGUCUGGGCAGGCAUUUUCUGGUCAACCAUUCCAAUCUUUACCUCAAGUCAUGCAAAUCCCUUUGGCUGCAGCAGCAGCAGCACCUGUUCCUUCCCUUCAUGUGCCUAUUCCCGACUCUCUGAGUACUCUUUCUGAGUUUAUGAAUCGCAUGGAGCAAACAUUUUCGCAAAAUGGGUAUCAUCCAAAUUCAUCUUCAAUCAAUGCUGGUGAGCCACCGAGGGCGGAAUUACCUUCCAAUGCACAGGGGUUGUGUACGCCUGAAGCAUUGAGCAUUGUCCUACGCCACGUGCAACGACUUCUUGGUGGUCAAGCAGCUGCUGCGCUAUCUCAUAUUGCAGGACGCUUGGAGCAAGAGGGAUCUUCCUCUGAUACUACUGUAAGGGCCCAAUUACAGGCAGAGUCAAUGCAAUUAGGGCUUGCAAUGCAACAUUUAGGUGCUUUGCUUCUUGAGCUUGGUCGCACAAUUUUGACACUGCGAAUGGGACAGUCUCCAGCAGAAUUUGUUUUGAAUGCAGGACCUGCAGUUUACAUAUCUUCAUCAGGGCCUAAUCCUAUAAUGGUUCAGCCCUUUCCUCUUCAAACCAGCUCCUUCUUUGGUGGUUCUGUUCCUCAAUCAAAUCCUGGCCCUGUUGGUAUAGGGAUUACUCCAAGGCACAUAAACAUUCAUAUACAUGCUGGUAGUUCACUUGCGCCAAUUGCUUCUGCAGUUGGUACAAGGGCCAGUAGUGCAGAAGUAAUGCAGGGUGAACGUCAGAACGGUGCUGGUUCUGGUGAUUCCAGUGCAACAAGGGUACUACCUACAAGAAGUGUCAAUCCAGUGGUUGGCACAUCGCAUCCUAGUGGUCUUGCAGGUUCUGGUGUAGCACAACCUAGUCUAGGUGGCCAAGCAGAAUCAGUUGUUCAAAAUUCUUCUGUUGAAUCUGCCGCAGGCAGGGAUGUGGGGAAUGAACAGAAAAAUAACAUGACAGUUAAUUCAGUCAACAGAUUUGGGGAAUUAGGCAAAUCCAUUCCUGGGUGCAUACCUGAAAGUGAAGGUCAGAAGCUCGACCAAUUGAGUAAUAUUAAUGCUUCAACUGGCUUGAAAGAUGUUUCUACCUCCUCUGGAACUUCUCUGAGUUGUUUAAGUGGAGGAACUGAAUCAAAGUCUUACUUUCCUCAGGAAAGUACUCUGAGAUCUGAUCAGAAGCAUGAUACAACUGAGGGUGCCAAAGCUGUUCCGCUUGGUUUAGGGCUGGGAGGUUUGGAACGUAAGAGGCGAGGCAAGCAGCAAAAGUCAAAGGUCAUGGGUGGUGAUGGUGGGACCACUAGUAGUUCUGAUGAUCAGAAUCAGCAGAUAAGAAAAAGCGGCCAACAGAUUUUGCAGUCUCUAGCAUCUCGUAGCUCUGUUGUAAAUAAUAUGAAUGCAAAUGAACGGUCCCCAGAGCAGCUACCCUCUCCAAUUGAUAUGGCAGGUCUUAUGUCUCAGGUCAUGCAAACUCCUUCGUUGAAUGGUUUGUUGACUACUGUUUCAGAGCAAGCUGGGGUUGGCUCUCCUGAUUUCUUGAGGAAUGUGUUGCAACAGCUCUCUCUGAGCCCCCAGAUGAGGAACACAGUCAGUCAAGUGGUUCAACAGGUUGAUAGGCAAGAUCUUGGAAACAUGUUUGCUGGGCUUGGAAGAGGCCAAGGUGGUGGCCUUGAUUUGCCUAGGGUGUUCCAACAGAUGCUGCCUGUUGUUUCCCAAGUCCUCAGAGGUGGAUCAACCCAGUCUCAGCUUUUUCCUGACAUGGAAGCUGAAGCCCAACUGCACCAUAAUGAGCCAAGGGUGCACAAGGAUGACAAAAAAAAUGAACAAAACUUCCAGACCAAUCUCCAACAAGUGGCUCAGAGGAUUGAGCGACUGAAUCCACCUGGAAAUGUUUUCCAUUCUGUAGUCGAAAAUGCAGUUCAGUUAUCUGGCAGAAGUGGUUCCGAAGAUCUUAUUAAUGAAUUGUGCAGCGAUGAAGGUCUUGCUGAUGAAUAUAUGGAGAUGUUGCGCCGUGAUGUUCACCAACGACUUAAUGGCGAGUCUAGGCCGGACGACUGCUCACCAUAGGUUUUGCUGAAGUCAGAAGGAUUGCCGAAGUGGGGAAUGGGGACAUAGCAGCAGCAGCUGUGGUCACAAGAAUCCAACGGCCAAUAACAUUUUGCUCAAGUUUCGAUCAAAUGUUCUUCACUCGUAAGAUGGAUUUCAAGCUGUGAACUCCUGUGAACAUUCGUGUUCCAUAGUGUUGAUCUCCUGGCAUUAUAAUUUAUGUUUAUGAAGAUUUUUGUUUUUUUAUAAUAUUGGUAUUUGAUAAAAUUAUAAUUAUUUAAUUAAAUUUAAACCCAAAAA